AGCCAAAGUAGUUGCUUCUUGUGAUGAUGCUGAUGUCCUGUUCUAUUGCUAGCCCAGCAUAUUUCUCUUCGACUUCGAGGUUAUUUUCGCGUAAAAAGACCGAACUUUCAACAUUUACUAGGUCAAAUAAUCGCCGUCUAUUCGCUUUUUGUUGCUCCCUUUUAUCGUUUCUACUCUUCAUUGAACAGCAUCGAAUCCGACUCUUACCAGUCUAUUUUCAAAGUGCCCCGUGUGGGCUGCUCCAUGUGGCGUACGCUGUCAGAUUAACCUCUCGAACAACUCGCACUUCCAAGGCUGCGCCGACAAGGACAGGAACGGAACUGGUAGGCGGAGGACGUGAAAAUUUAUCUACAAUUAUCGAAAACACAGACCACAUCACCACUUCGGAAAACAUGCAACCACCAACGCUGUUGAAGCCCACGGGGUUGGGAUGGAGCGUCACUACUAGCCCGCAGGGAGUGCCUGCAUUGCAAGCAAGACCUAGCGCGGCGGCAUCCAGCAGCGGGGGGCUCGUCGUGGGUGGGGCUACUACAAGCAGUUCCCCGCCUGGAGGAGUUCGAGUUGCGGCAUCGUCGUCCUUAGGCUUCGCAAAAGUACUGAAGCUAUUUCCACCGGUUUCGUUGAUUUAGUGAUAUUGUCACCCGCUGCACCUACACCGGUGUCGUUGUUUUAGUGAUAGAUAAUGUUACCUGCUGCUGCUGCAUCUACAUCAAACUUUUUCGAUGUGCCUGAAGAAGAAGCGCCAUUUUUGCACGGCUGAAGGCGUCAGGAAGAGUAUGAGGCAGUCCAUUUAUCAAACACGACAUGAUGCAGCAGAGGGUCAAGCAAGUUUGUUGUCUUGAAGUGCAUGGCGACUGUCGUGCCUGUGUUUUAAGUAAGUAGUACUUUUGCAGUGGGGCAUACGCGACGUCGACAAUAUCUGCGCCGCCACCCAUUGUCACCCCCGGCCUGGUGUCUCAAGUGUCGAUUCCCCUUCGAACUUCCGUCUCGAUCCAGCACGCCCCGCCGCCCGUCGGUCUUGGAGGGGUCCAGCGAGCAAGCAUCCACUCUUUCGCCAGCCUGCAGACGGCGAUCGCGACGGGUUCUGGGCCGGUUUUGGAGCACGUGCAGGAGCAGUUUCGAGACUUCAAGAUAAAGUCAGACUUUUCGCAUCCUAGGCAGCCCGGCGUGCCGAGUUUGAGUUACGGAACCGCGGGAUUUCGCUCGAAAGCGGAAAACUUGGACGCUUGUCUCUUUCGGAUGGGGGCGCUAGCGGUGCUACGAGCGAAGCAAACAGGCAAGGCGACCGGUAAGGGUCACUGCUGGAAGUUGGGAGAGUUUCGAUUGAUUAAUAGCGAUACAGAAAUCUCGCGGUCAUUAUUGGAGAUGCAUGGCGCGCGAUCCAUGUUGAAUUUAGUGUCAAAAUAGAAGUCACCGGCGCGACGUCUGCUGCUUCUUUGUUUCGUGUUAUGCAGACGAACAGCAUGCUACGGCGCAGCAUUUUUUUGACAUCACGAAUAGAAGUCAGCACACAGGAAAGAGAGUAGACUACAUGACUAGCCAUCACAACCGAAUCUUUUUCGUUCUUUUCCGAACGAAAAGAAAUUGUUUUGGUCAGGUAUAAUGGUGACCGCCAGUCACAACCCGGUCGAGGACAACGGGGUAAAACUAGUGGAUCCCACGGGCGACAUGCUAGCUCCGCAUUUCGAACAGAUCGCGACGACACUGUGCAACUGUCCCGAGGAACUGCUUACCGAACGGCUCGCGAGCAUUUGCGAUAUGGAGAAGAUCGACCUGGCGAAGCCCAGAUUGAGUGCGGCGGCAAGCAGUGCGUCAAUAGGGGGAGGGACGUCCCCGGCAACUUUCAACAGCUGCACGCCAGUUGUAUCGAGAAAGAGCAGCAGUGCUCCCCCUCUUAUCCUUAGCAAAAACGUCCCCACCCCAGAGUCAAGAUGGGGACCACUCGGAAUGAACACAAAUGCAUCCACAUCCAGGCGUUUAAGGAUUUGGCUGUUGCGCAUGACCUCUGCGUAAUCGUGCUUUUCUAGCGUAGCCGCAUCGCAAAUCUAGUGUCUCCUCCUGAUUACUCAACAAGUAGAGCAUGACAAAGUCCUAGACGGCGUUAGAAAAUGCUCCUGAUGUUGGGGCUGAUCAUGACAAACAUUUCUUGAGGGUUGCAGAUAUGCAUGACAAGAACUCUGAGGUGGGGACGUUUUUAGACGGGAUGCUUCUGGUUUUCAUCGGCUGCGACACGCGACCUUCUUCUCCCGCUUUGGCCCUUGCGGCGAUCGUAUUCAUUGCAUGCAAAUAUCUCUAGGACUGGAAGAAUGCAAGUCCGUCGUGCUUUUGUCGAAUGCAUGAGCAGGAUGAAAAAAUAAAGCCUCUUGCAAAUGAAAAUACUGUGAAGUCAUUGAAAAAUGAAGUUUUCUCUUGGGGGAAGCGGAACACAUAGAUAAGGUGCUCAAAAACUUGCCACGCUUGGCUGCGUAUUGUAGUGCGCCCAUCCUUCACGACAGUUUAGCAGCUCAGGGUUCUCGACAUCCGAGUAUAUUUGCAAUGCAUAUAUCGAGGGCGUGUCGGCGCUCGGGGGAACCCCGAAGUACGUAGGCUUGUGCACGACGCCGCAACUGCACUUCUACGUCCGGUGCUGGAACUCACCGAGUUACGGGGUACUUGCUUAGAAUUACGACGUCUAGUAGUUUUUCUAUUGCACGCUGUCCCGCCAGUCUGUUUCAAUUUGCUCCUGCGGGACGAUGAAGGUUGCUCGGUCCGUGAUGAUCGUUUUUUCAACAUGAAGAUAAUCAAGAGCACCGCAAGUUGAAAGAACUUUUGUGGGCGCACGAGAUUGAGAUAUAGUAGCCAAGUCUCGCUGCAGAACGAUGAUAAACAGAAUAAAAUUUUAUAAUUAGCCUAUACCCACCUCGUAGGUCGCGGACGCCUGCGGGUAUAUCACGAAGCUGUCUUCCGCCUGGAUCCGCUUUCGCUCCCUGGAGCAGGGCUGGAUCGGCGGAGCUGCGACAUAUGCGAAGAAAAAAGUGGCACCAUUGAUACGCAUUUCAAUUUUUGCGGAUUUAUUCGCAACUGCUGCAAUACUUCAGCUAGAUCUGCAGGAGAAGAGAAGUCUGCAAUUAUGCGGGGAUCAAUCGAGAAGACAUGCAUAGCAACAGGCAGCUCAACGUCCUGAGCAUCGUACGGAUGACAGAGCUGGUCUGUGUUGCUUCUCCUUCUGCUUGCGGUUGCGCUGCAUCACUGGAAUGCGCCACAGCAGCUGCACCUCUUUCUUCGCAUACGGCAGCCACGAGCGCCACCAGUGGGCGGAACACCGUGAAUCGCACCAGCUUGCUGCCAAAAGGUUUCGCCGCGAGUAGCUCCCCGCAGGGAGAUUCAUCAGGGCUUCUCCAAGCGGAGCAGAGCAAGAGCUCCACGACCUCUGCCGCGUCGCAGUCGAGCAGCAACUAUUGCCCCAAACUUUACAUUGACGCUGCGAAUGGAGUGGGAGCAAGAGUUAUCGACCGGGCAGAUGUUUGUAUAUGUAGUUUUGCAUUAGCGCAUGCGCGGCAGUGCUGCCAGAGGUGGGACUACGAGGUUCAGAAGAAGCAUGUGCGUAUAGCAUUUUUACAAUGCACACAGGCACUUUCUGAACCAUUGCACAGGUAGAUGAAAUUGAAAGAACAUAACGAGUAGGAGUAGAUGAGUUCUUUCACGUAGAAGUACAAAUCGCACAACACUGACGUUCAGUAGAAGUGCCUACGAGCGACUGCACACUUACUUCUGUCUUGCAUACGACUGGUGCAGCUGUUCACGAAAGUUGGUCUCGCAGCGAACAAUGGCGUUCUGCUCCCCGGGCUGGAGUAUGCGUUGCACAUUUGACGUCUUUGUCUGGGACUGAAAAACGGCACAAACAUAGAAAAACUUCAACUUAGAAUCGCACUUCAUGAUUCACAGGUCUGUGAUGCGUAUAUUUUUAUGGAACACUGCUAGCUGCGUCACCGUCAAGCGAACGCAAAAGAGCGGACUCUCUUCAUGCGGAAUGCGCAGCAAGGUCAAGGACAGCACACCAGCGAAAAAUAUUAUCACGCCAGGCUGCGUGAUAAUGACAUCUACCUAUCGUGAUCUACAGCUGUGGCAUCAAAACAAGUUUCCAGGCCAAGACGAAAUAUUUGCAGUGCAUAAUGGCAUUGAGCUUUUCAACGCGGGCGAAGGUGUUUUGAACAAGGACUGCGGCGCGGAUUUCGUGAAGUCCAACCAACAGCCGUCGCAGAACCGCAAGGGCGACGGGAGAUAUGCCGCGUUCGACGGGGAUGCAGAUCGGCUCAUCUACUACUCGUUGAGAAACGACAAAUUCGCGCUGCUCGACGGCGACCGCAUUGCUACUCUUUACGCGAAAUUUCUGGGGCAGAAACUGGCGAUCUGUGGGCUGGACCAGGUGUUGAAGAUUGGCCUCGUGCAGACUGGGUACGCCAACGGAGCCUCGGUUGCCUACGGCGCGAGUGUUUUGAAUGGCAAACCACCAAUCCUGGCGAAGACGGGUGUGAAAUUUUGCCACGAGAAAGCGAUUAUCCACUGCAAAGUGACAUGCAUUUUUCUGGGUCUGGAAGAUGCAAUUGACUGGCGUUCCUUCGUUCGUGCGUCGCAGAAUAAUCUGUCUUUACAACCUGUACACGGCCUGACGUUCUUUCGCGGGGCUUCUUGCCUCCAAAAAGGAAAUUCACAACUACUCUUCAUGUUGCGGUGCUUUGUCGCACUCGCAACAUCCAAGCCACGCAUCAAAAAUCCAGACUGAGGCAUGGGAAUUUGUGAUGCAUAGCAAAGCAGCUCGAUGUGGGCAUCUACUUCGAAGCUAAUGGGCACGGCACCAUUGUGUUUUCGCAGAAGUUUGUCGAUAGCGUCAAUGGGAUUGCGCUGCGAACGGCGUCGUUAAGAGACGUAAUAUCUAAAUAAACGCACAUAUUACACUACCAUAUGCACUUCCCUCCGGCUAUUUUUGGAGGCGUUUAGGUUACUUUGCAGUAUAAACGCUCAUGAAGUACCACUAGACACUUGCUACAGCAAAAUAUGCGCGUGAAGAUAAUUGUUUUUCCCGAGCUGAUCGUGUUCCUCUUCCUACAACAGUGUCAACAUCUCUACUACUACUCGGUGAAGAUACCAGCAAGAAACUAUUUAUUUCGUUUGUUUCUCAAAAAUAAACAGGCCGCCCACCGCGCCGCGCAGCACUUGCUGGCUUUUCGAGAUCUGAUCAACGAGUCUGUGGGCGAUGCGUUUUCUGACUUGCUGGGCGUCGAGGCCAUUCUGCGGCAUUACGGGUGGAGUGAAGAAGACUGGCUGGCACAGUACACGGAUCUUCCCAACCGGUUGGCCAAGGUGCUGGUGGAGGACCGCGCGGUUUUGAAAACCGAAGAGGACGACGAAACCAAGGUGGUGCAGCCGCUGGGACUGCAGCAUGCGAUAAACGAGGCGAUGCAGGCAGUCGGUAAGGGUCGGGCCUUCGCCCGUCCGAGCGGCACGGAAGACGUGAUUCGGGUGUACGCGGAAGCAGCGACGGAGCUAUCAAAUACAAAUAGGCUUGGUCGGUUUGGAAGUAGAGUGUACGUGUUUGUCAUGCACCCCGUGCAACACGGAGACGAGACGGACGGGAAACAAACGAGCCAUGGCUUUGAAUGGAUGCAUGCAAAAGCGUUUUUUACAGGUUCAUGGGUUUAUCAAUAAAUUUUCCCCGCUUCUUGGUUGGAAACUUGCUCUGUGCGUAGCAGGAAGGGGGCGGGUUUUGGCGGUCACGCAACCCAGGUUUUAGUGUGACCCAGACUGCGGCUCUGCAGAUUGAUGUAUGGUGUGUAGCGAAGGUCCAGACUGACUUCGCACCACAAUUUUGCCUCUUUCCAAACGCAGACAUAUUCGCAAUGCAUAGAGACUCGAGGCAGAUAAGUUGCUCGGGCAGGUGUCGUAUCAACAUUGCAAACCUAUCGCGCGUGGUGUGUAAAUUGUGUACAACAAUGACUUUAAACGAUUGAUUUCAUAGUAUGCAUGAAGUCGCUCGCGUGAAGUUGAAUUUGUGACGAUGAUUGAAGAAUAGCCACAGGAAAAUAGAGCACUGUAAUGCACUAUGAAGAAUAUCGUGUCAAGUUAUAAUGCGUGCGAAUUGUGACCGCGAACGCGAUAGCACGUUCGUACUGGAUACGUCACAGCUGGUUCGGGAGUACUGCAAUUCCAAAGUUCUGGCGACAACUUCUUCUGGCUCGAAGUGA